AUGGCCUUGAGGCUGCUGAGACUGGGCCCCGCGUCCGCGUCCGCGCGGGGCGUCGCGGCGGCGGCCCAGCGCUCGGGAGGCAUCCAUACACAAGUCCAGGACCAGCGGCAGUACGGCCCUUUGGCAUACAUACUCGGUGAAAAAACAAGCAAAAAACUGUCAAAAUUCAGCAAAGUGAUAACCGUCGAUGGCAAUAUAUGUUCUGGAAAAGGCAAGCUUGCGAAAGCAGUAGCAGAGAAACUAGGCUUGAAGCACUUCCCUGAAGCAGGGAUACACUAUGCAGACAGCACUACUGGGGAUGGAAAACCCCUGGAUGUAGCAUACAGUGGCAACUGCAGUUUGGAGAAGUUUUAUGAUGAUCCCAAAAGUAAUGACGGCAACAGUUACCGCCUGCAGUCCUGGUUGUACGCCAGCCGCCUCCUGCAGUAUGCGGACGCCUUGGAACACUUGCUGAGCACAGGGCAGGGUGUCGUGUUGGAACGCUCCAUCUACAGUGACUUUGUGUUCCUGGAGGCGAUGUACAAGCAGGGCUUCAUCCGGAGGCAAUGUGUGAGCCACUACAACGAGGUGAAGAAGGUGACCAUCUGCCAGUACCUGCCCCCUCACGUGGUGAUCUACAUCGACAUGCCCGUCCCGGAGAUCCAGAGUCGGAUUCAGAAGAAAGGAGACCCACACGAGAUGAAGAUCACCUCUGGCUACCUUCAGGACAUCGAGAGUGCCUAUAAGAAGACCUUCCUUCCUGAGAUGAGUGAGAAGUGUGAAGUUCUGCAGUACAGUGCAAGGGAGGCUCAGGAUGCAGAAAAGGUGGUGGAGGACAUCGAAUACCUCAAGUGUGACAAGGGGCCGUGGCUUGACCAGGACGACCGCACCUUCCACCACCUGCGGAUGCUGGUUCAGAAUAAGCUGCAGGUGCUGAAUUACACCACCAUUCCCGUGUAUCUCCCAGAAAUCACGAUCGGAGCGCACCAGAGUGACCGCGUCUUCCGGGAGUUCUCAGAGCUGCCAGGCCGCAAGUACAGCCCUGGGUACAACGCGGACGUGGGCGACACGUGGAUCUGGCUGAAGUGACACCGCAACCGCCCCCGCUGACGCUGCAGCCUGCGGACGAAGCUCCGGUCUGCCGGCUCCGUGGACCCCACGCAGCUUUAAGGUGGGGGUGAAGUCCUGAAAGGUGCCCGUGGAAGAGAUGGUGCCAUCGGAGGGACAGGAGCGUGGGGCCUCAGUGUUGGAGGGGCUGGGCUUGUUGCUGGGGGGCUGGGGCAGGAGAGCAGACGCACGAGGCUCCGCCCCCACCUCUGUGCUGUCCUGCAGCUUCGUCAGACUCAGAAAUAAAACGGCUUCU